CCAAAAGCGUGAAGACCCCAAAGCCUUACGCAAACUGGAACUAAGCAUUCUUGCCGGUACAAAUUAUAAAGAUUUUUAUCGACUUUUACUAGGACUGGCUAUCGAGUAAAAUUAGAGUUCAGAAAGACGUUUAAUAUUCUCUCCCUCGAGAGUCUCGACACUUUACUACAGUGGAAGACAGUCUUGGGUUUAGAGGCAAUCCCAAAUCCAGGAGUCCGCAUAAGAGGGGAAAAACACAAUCUUGAUAGUGAUUGCAUAUUUGCAUACAAAAUUUAGAAAGGGAGAUUCAUUGAUGAUGUCGAAUCAACUUUUUCGAGAUGACACGCAACAUGCUUAUCUGAAGGAAUUAUAUGAUUUGGAACCCUAUGAUGAGGCGGUAUGUAAAUCUGCCCCCACCAUGGAGAGUGAACUUAUUGAACAUGCGAUGAAUAUGCUAAAGGUUAAUGAAUCCACGGACGAUGAUUAUAAAAGAUUACUUUCUGGCUUGCUAACUGUGAUAUCAAGGGUUAAACCCAUCGAAGACCAAACAAAAAAUGACAAAUUUGACGAUGGGGAUGGUGAUGAUGAUGAUGCGCGCGAAGAGGAGGAGAAAGAUCCUCACCUUGAAGCUUUCGUUAAAUGUCUGAUGGUGAAUGGGAACUAUUGCAUGGUUAAAAGCCAGAAAAGUUGCUCGCCUUUGUUCAUUAAAUAUGAACACGAUGAGAGUUUGGUCGAGGAGCGUGAUUUGGACUAUAAGAGGAAAUUGAGGAGCGCCAAGAAAAAGAAUAACCAAACCCCCAAUAAACGGGGACAUGAUUUUCCGAAGUCGGAUUCGAGUGAGGAGGUAGAGAAUUCGAGUCAGAGUCAGAGGCAAUUGAGGAGUGAGAGAGUAGAGAAUAUGAAGAAAUUAUGUAAAGAGGAAAAUGUGGAUAAUGAGUAUGGCGCCUUCUUGCAGGCGGUUGAUGUCGUGGAUGGUAUGGGUUAUAUUUUUCGGCCUCACAGUGUUGUGUAUGAGGAUUCGGAUGAUGAGGUGGAAAUUUUGGAUGGUGCGACUUUUAACAAAGGAAAUUCGAGUGUAAAUAACAGUUCUGAAUUUAGGCGGCAGCUUAUGGAUAUUCUUAAAAAGCCUUAUGAUGAAAAAGAGUACGAGAAGCUGUGGUUUGAUGUGGAACUCUCUAAGCCAGAAGAGCGCCAUAGAGAAUUACGCCAUGGGAGGGAGAGAUCAAGCGCUACAGACAAAUCUGGAAAGUCUUAUCUCGAUUAUCAUUCUGGUCUUAGAAGACAACUCUCGCAAUUCCAGGAUGAUAAACCAAAACUUUUGAACCUUUUACGAGGUUUCUUCUUUUGGCUUGAGAAAUCUUCACAAGACAAUGCAUUCCAACCUUGGAAUGAUGCAGAGUGCUUGGCCAUAAGCCCAGAUUCUGGUUAAGACUUGUUUUCCUGGUUUUCUUACUCUUUUGUAUGUAGAUCCUAACAUGAGAUUGCAUGGUAGUUUCAGAAUCAAGAUUGCAAUGUAUGCUAUUUAGUUUCAUAAUUGAUUCUGCUUCCCACUGCUGGGUUUCUUUUAUUUUAUGUUCUCAACUUAUGAGUUAGGACUGAAACUCAGUCCCAAGUAGCUUUCAAGUGCUGCAUAACUAAAUUAACCCUAGGAUUCUGUUUAGUUAUUGAGUAGAA